AUGCCUCUCCCUCCUCCCAUAUUUGCUCCCGCUAGACAAACAAUAAAGGCGGCAUUUGAAGAUCUCGAUCGCACAAUUACUCCUGCAGAUUCGCGCGACUUUCGUGUUUCAACUCUUCAACAAGUACGAGAUGCGGCUCUUGAGAUUGAGCGGCAGCUCGCAGCGCGGGGGUCGCUUCGCAACAUGCGCCGGCUUAUGCCCCUUUUUAAGGGAAUAGAGCACUAUUCCAAAGUGAUAGAUGUUCUGUGUAACGGUACCCCGUAUCUACCAUGGAUAUGGGCGCCAGUUGCUCUAAUUUUACGCGUCGCCUCGGAGUAUGUCGACGCAUUCGAGCAAAUCAUCAAGGGCUACUCACAGCUCGCGGAAUCCCUGGGAAGGUUUGAGCUCCUGGGAAAUGCUUUCAUCCGCGAUCCGGAUUUCCAGCAAACUCUGGCUGUCUUUUAUGCGGACAUUCUCCAGUUCCACAAACAUGCUUACAAGUUUGUUCGGCGAAGUGGUUGGAAACUGCUUUUUCUCACCUCUUGGGGUCGAUUCCAGAGACGAUUUGACAAUAUUCUCGAAGACAUGAAGCGACAUGAGGCAUUAAUCGAUCGAGAAGCAAAUGCGCGCAAUAUUGCCGAAUCAAAAGAAAUGCGUCAAGAUAUCCGCCGCUGGAGAGAGCAGAGCCUGGAGCAAGUGUCCAAUCUUGAUGGAGAAGAGGCUGCCAAGCAAUACCAUUCUAUCAUCUCAUGGUUAAAUAUGGAUGAAUCAGACCAAUUGGCAAUCUUCGAAUCAAUAUCGGCCGAAGGGCGUAAACAUCCCGGUACUUGCUCAUGGGUGCUGAAAAAUCCCAAAAUCAGCUCCUGGCUUCAGAGCAAGCCCGACACAUCGGUUCUCUGGUUACAAGGCACGCCAGGGUCUGGAAAGAGCGUGAUAUCGACACAGCUCGUCAACUUUAUGGAAGCAUCCAACAUGUUUGUCAUCCUCAUGCAGCUUCUCCGGAAAGAUGGCGAUCUGGUUGCUCAUGUCUAUGAAGAAUUUGUUCUGGGUAAAAAGUCGCCAACAGUAUCCGCCCUUGAGCGUCUAUUACAACUUCUUUUUAGAAGCAUAUCCAACGAACCAUCCAAGGCAGAAUACGUGUGGAUCAUUUUAGACGGCUUAGACGAAUGCGAAUUGGAUAAGCAAGCACGAGUACAGACAAUCUCUCUGAGCGAUGAAAAAGUCUGCUUAGAGGAAGCGAUACGUCAGUAUGCAUCCCAAAGACUGCAAUCGCUGGAACAAAAAUUCCACCAACCUCGUAUAUCUCCGAGCGAAGUUGACAAUAUCGAGCGCGGGAUUGCUAAAAAGGCAGAUGGAAUGUUUCUUUACGCCAGACUGGUCCUGGAUUAUCUCUCGACGAACAUAUUCUAUAGCGGGGAUGAAAUCAUGACGUCUGUCAAUCGAUUGCCCGAAAAGCUUGGCGAUCUCUACCGCAAGAUUCUCCUCCAAAUACUCACCUACUUGGAUGACCGAUCGGAAAGUCGCGUUAAAAGCAUUCUCGGCUGGAUCGCUUUUGCAAAACGGCCAUUGAAGAGGCUCGAGCUAUUGUCUGCAAUUACAUUUAGUUCUGGGGAACCUAAGGUCGUACACCUCGUUCCUGAGUAUAUACUGGAUAUAUGCGGGCCUCUGGUGGAAGAAAGAAGUGAUACCACUUUGACAUUUAUUCACGUCUCCGUCAAAGAAUUUUUACAGACCCCCUCGAGUAGCUUGAUUAUCACUCAAGAGGAGUCUCUUCAAGAACAUGGGGUAGCGACGGUUUCUUGCCUUCUUUCUGGACUGCAAGUUUUUAACAGUACGUACUCAGAACAGACGAGGUGUCUCCAAGUUAUCAAGGGCCUCCAUGGAUUCCAUGUCUACGCGACUGAGUUCUGGACCGAAUACUUGCUGUCUAGUGCCAAAUGCACUGGAGGAGACCCAGACAAAACUUCGCCGCUACUCGUCCUUGCCUGCAGAUUGGCCGAUGCACUCGACGAAGCAAGUGGCCCCACGAUAAGUGAAGGGGCCAAAAGUCCGCUAAAUGGAUUGAAUGACGGAAUGUCAUUCAUGCGACAGCACCCAACUCUCUAUAGGCAUGUUGAAUCAGCCUUGAAAGGAAGAUCCCUCAAGCGACUUGAAACGGAACUUUUUCCAGAAACAAAUCCCGAUGGACCAUGUCGAUCACCAAAGAACUUGGCUCCUUUGGACGGGAUAUCAGCCAUGCUUAUAGUGUAUCAAGAUACCAUCAAGACAUUACUCGACCAACACGAUUAUCCAGGAGUCACUGCCGAAGAAUUGGAGCUGUUCAAGAGCCAGUUUCGUACCUCGGCAUUUACCUGUCGGCUCAAAUCUUGUCCUCGAGCCACAUUAGGCUUUGAGUCAGAGAAGCUUCGUCUGCAGCACGAGAUGACGCAUAUACGACGACUUCGAUGCAUGGCUGUCGAUUGCAAAUUUCCACCUUUUGCCUCUCCCCAAGCCUUAAAGAUCCAUACCAACAGGUACCACAACCAUGGCCUUGCCCCAAAGUCUAUACGCAGUAUCCAGUUGUCUCCAAAGACAAUGGUUAUGCCAGUGUACCGAAAUGACCCUUUGGGUACUCUCCAGACCAAGAACAUUCCACAAAACGAUGGCCAAAAAGCUCAGGAAGGUCGGGCGAAGCGUAAACUCCCAGUUGAAAAUGAUGAGAAGCCUUCCAACCACAAGUUGUCAACCGCCGAUUCUCCUAGCACUAAUAAACCUUCUUCCACACCUGAAUUUCUUCCCAUAAAUUACUGCUCUGUUCAGGGCUGUUCAACACUCACAGAUGGAAGUUAUAAUUCUCUGUGCACUGAUCACUUACGCUGGCAUUUGACUAUCAACAAGGGCCCUGAUUCUCAAUCAGUUGAAUCUGCACCAAUUGCAACACGGACACUAGUUCCAAACUGGGAAGGCCUCACGCCACCUCAUGAGGCAUACCUUGAACGAAAUGUUCCGUCUGUUAUUCCUAUCGAGGUUCCAGCAAAUGGAAACUCAGAACAGAUGGCAGAAUUACUAGAGGAACAAGAUGCAUAUUUGACACCGACAUCGACCACUGGCCAGUAUCAAUCCUCCACUAGCACCUCCUGUGUAGCAGAGCCCCAUUUGUUGCCUUCUGGAUCUUUCCCUCCCAUUACGCCGGGCAUCCCUAUCGAAGAAAUCGAAGGGAAUCAGGACGGAGAGGGAGAGGCGAAGAUCUAUUUGACCGGAAGGCUCAAUGGAAGGAGGAAGUAUCGUUGUAAAACCUUUUUAUGGCCAAGUCAAGGACGCAAUCUUUACAUGCUGGAGACGGACUGCGCUCGCAUAUUAGGAAUCAAGUAUAGUGACUUCAUUCAAAGAGGUGGCAGGUUACUGGGCAUUCUGGUUGAAUCUAUGAGAGGGAAAAGCUAUCUCAGACGUCAAAAUAUCUUGCAUAAUGCGGAUAGCUACGACAGCAUCUCUAUUGUGAAGGCACGAAGCGUGUUUCGCCAAUUCGGGCACCUGGUGGUUGAGAGUGGCCGGCCGAUCCAUGAUGACUACUGGGUGUCUGAUGCUCGGAGACAGCGGAGAGACGAAAUAAUGAAAGGGGUAGAAGCUUGGGUCAGGAGGAACGGUAAAUCGAACGAACGAUCCGGGCCCGAUAGUCUGAGAUUGGCUGUGGAAAACGCGAAACUUGCCGCUGAGCAGGACUUGCGUAGGCACAUCUUUGACUAUGAGGGGAUAGAAAAUAUCCCAGAUCAUAUGAUUGAUAAUCUCAGGUUCAGUGCUCUUGGAAAUUCAAGAGGCUUCUAA